AUGCGUUUGAAGGCAGGGAAGGAAGAGAAGAAGACGGUGAAGUUUAUUGACUCGACAGAUGAGAUAUUGAAACACAUGAAUAAGCUUGAGAAUGGGAAGCGAUCAAGGCUCAGGUUGAAUGCAUACCAAGCGAAUAUUCUGGAGCACAGCUUCAAGAAUGGCAGCCACCCGAGCAACACGGUCAAGGCCGAGCUGGCAACGGUUCUGUGUAUUCCGCUGAAGAAUGUGCAGAUUUGGUUUCAGAAUAGACGAGCGAAGGAGAAGACUGUGACAGGAGAAGUAAAAGCGGAGGAUGCAGAAGAUACGAAGGCGAUGAGGAGUGAUGAGGGUGAAGAAUGCCAGACGAUGUAUCCGGUUGAUUUUUCUGUCGAGGAGAAGUAUUUUUUUGAGUAUUAUUAA